AUGAAAAUACACAGGACAGGAUUCCACAAAGAUAAGGACAACACAUUGUUAUCAUCAUUUCUGCUGGAUGUGCACCAACGUAUAUUUCCUCAGCUGGACUUCCUUUUACUGACGAGCGACGCUAUAGUCUGGGAUGUCCUCAGCUACGUAAACAGGUUUGAUUCAUUGAGUAACAGGACGACCGACUUUAAUUACCACUCUAAGUGGCUCGUGUUGUUGAAGUCUGAAAAUGUUGACAAGUCUGUGAACGAACUGGACAGUUUACACAAUGUUGUAUUUGUGAAAGCCGGCUGCAAUUUCAAGACGUAUAACAGUUAUACAGAAAUCAUGACCCUGGUACACCAUAGUAACUCUACAGUUUUACAGAAUGUGAUCUAUACACACAACGUCAACAACAGCAUCCUGUUUCCUGCGCUGAAGUAUGGUUACAACGGCAGAAAGCUAAUCGUUGCCACACUUUCAGCAUCAUCACUGGUUCAUUGGAAAACCGUCAACAAUGUUACCGAGUACUCAGGUUUCUGUGUCUACUUGCUGAAUUCUUUGGCAGAAAACCUGAACUUCACGUAUGAAUUUGUAGAACCGACACGUGGAUCCUGGGGCGUGCUUGUUAAUGGAUCUUGGAACGGACUUGUUGGUAUGAUGGAAAGACGGGAAGCGGAUCUUGCGUUGGCAGACCUUACAAUCAACAUUGACAGGUCAAAGGUUAUGCAUUACCUUUUGCCGCCCAUCUACUACGACUACAUCGACAUUAUCUUCAAAGAAGAAAACAACAUGCCAUCAACGUGGAUGACGCUGCUGCGACCGUUUUGUCCCAUUGUGUUUAUGUGGAUAGCGGUGUGUGCUGCCAGUUUCUUCAUCCUGUACGCUGCGGCGGUGAUACUGUUUCGAAAGAAGUGCACACAUAAAAACGAACCCAGGACUGCCAGCGACGUAUUCUGGUUCACCAUAUCGUCCUUGUUGAAACAAGGUUCCAGAAUCGACCCCACUACUCACGGCGCCCGCGUGCUGGUGUCGGCGUGGUUGCUGUUUGUCGUCAUCAUCGUCGCAGAGUACACUGCUAACCUCACCGCGGCGUUCACGGUUAGGCCCGGGCUGAAACCGUUCGAGAGUCUGAGACAACUUCUCGAUAAUCCCAGGUAUAAGAUUGGAAUCUUCCCUGGAGGGAUCACCAGUAUGAUACUGAAGGUACAUCUAUAG